UCUCCUGGUUUACACGUCAGGGAUGUUGAGGAUCUCAGCGCUGUUUCAUCUGGUUUUAAGCUCGUAGAAAUCAGUAGUUUGUGGGUUUGUGUCGGAGAACUCGACUCAGUUGCUUCACACUGGAUCUCACAGCUCUGUUUAUAACGGUCACGUGAUGGACAGCGGUCAGUAUUUACUCUGAGCUCGCGCUGCGCUUUCUUCCGGUUUCGUUGUGCAGUCUCGUUCCGCUUUUGUCGUUUAAAUGCUGUCCGUACACAACACAAAUGACACCAGUUCGAUCGCUAACACACUUAAGUCUCACUAGGGAGAAGAAAAACCUUGCAAAAUGCGACCUACUAGUAACAGUCUGGAGCCCUGACUUUUCCCAAAUAACUUGUCGAACUGGUUUAAUAUCUUCUCUGACAUCGAACGCAGACUUGUGGAGCGUAACGUUAGUUGUUUUAGCAAAACAAAAGACAGGACAGAACUACACUUAAAGCGUUUUCUGAACUAACUGGUUGUGUACGAUGAAAUUACACACAAAACCCAUCUCGCUCUUCACACUGAUUCUGCUUUUUCACACUGUCCAAGCAGAAGCAUCUCAUGAUGAGACUCUGAGGAUCCUGGUUGUGGGAGUCAGAGGUCAGUCCAGAUUCAGUGCUGCAGAUCUUCUGUCAGGAAGGAAAGACGGAGGACAGGAGGACAGAGAGAUUGUAAAGACUCCAGUAAUUACAGACGGGGCUCGUAGAAUGAUGCUGGUCACUGGACCAAACCUCUGUGAGGAGGACACAGAGAGACAGACCUUCACAACAGCGCUGUUUCUCUCGUCUCCUGGACCUCACGCCGUUCUAAUGGUCCUGAAUCUGGAAGAUCAACAAUCACAACAGUGUGAUAUUGAGAAACGAGCCCAGGAGCUGCUGGGAGCAGAAGUCCUCCAGUACUGCAUUGUUCUUCUGCUCCAAAAUCACCAGGAACCUUUGACAGGAGCCUCCAGAGGGAUUGCUGGAGAAAUGAUCAACGCAUGUGGAGGAAGAUUUCACAUCAUAAGAGACUCUGAACCAAAACCUGCUCAAAGAACAACUCUUAUAGCAGAAAUACACAAGUUAGUUCGGCUCAGUGAUCACAGAUUUCACUCAGCACUGAGUGAAAAGUUAGAAGCAGAUGAAACCAUUCAAGAUGUGCAUGAACAAAAUCAAAUCCUCUCUGAAACACAUGACAGUUCAGCAGAAACUGCACGAUGGAUUUUACUCAUUUUACUGAACACUGCUUUUAUUUUCACUAAAAUAACGCAUGAACAUUUUCAUUUUGCGGAAAUAUUAUUUGUACUUGUUAGUUUUACAGUCACUUUAAGAAAUAUUCUCAAUCCAGAUGUUGCUGUUCCUUUAAAUUUGAUCCUAUCCUCCACUUUCCCAGUAGCUGUUGCAUAUCAUGACCUUGCAAAUUCGCGACAUGGACACCAAAUCAUAAUGUUUUUAGUCAUGAUCUUUACAUUUCCCAGUAUAGUGUUCAUAGCCGGUCUAGGACUGACUGUAGGAACAGCUGUCAGUGUACGGACGUGGUCAGAUGUGCUCAUAGCGUGCCAUGCUGCUCCCGGGGUCACAUUCGGGGCUCAUUUAUACACUAUUUACUCCAUUAUACCAGAUCAAAUGCAAGCUCGGACAACUCUAGUUUUUGCAUUCAAGUUAUUCCUGUUUUGUUUUGUUGGAGUGACGCUCUCAAUGGGGUUUGUGACUGUAUUUGCUCUGUUUGGUGUGGAGAGAGCAAUAUUUCUGCUAAUAUUAGGAUUUACAAAAGCGUUUUUCCAUUUAAAGAGUGAUGCUGUGAAAUUUAUUGUUUUUUUCUUGAUUUUUCCAUGCUGUUGUGUAUUUAUUGGUUCUUUAAUUUCAUUUUUAUGCCGUGUAUUAUUUCAUUAUAUUUUCACAGUAAUUGGUAGCUGAUAAUAGUGACCAAAUCAAAAGAGACUAACAGAUUUUGGAUCAUAAGUUAAUGCUGAUUUUGAUUUUUUUUAUGUUAAUAUUUCAAACACGUAUUGAUGUUUCUUCAAGGAUGGGAACUUUUGGCCCAACACUAGUUUAUUUAAUUUGUUUACCAACGAGGGUUUAACAUCGGGUUUACAGAUGUCACAGGAAAAACAUUUACUGCACAUUUUAAAUGAUGUAUUAUGUUUAUCAGUGUUAUGUGGUGAAGGUUUUUUUUUUUUUCCUGAAAUAAAAUGCCUAUUUUCAUAGUUUGAAAAUACA